AUGAAGUUUGGAUACAAGAGCGAGUCGAACGCCUUUUUCUUGGGUGCGGCGACCGUUGCUGUUUGCCUCUUCAUUCCCCGGCGCUACCUCGCUGCCGCCAUUCCAUUGUGGAUUCUGGCAAGCCGUCUGGUGGCGCGAGGUGCCAUGAAUCACGCGCGCCCCGUGACGGAUGCGGACACUGCGGACAGGCAGGCGCAGUCCCGCUUCGUGCUUUCGCACGACAUGCCUCUGACGAAGCGUCCAGUGGCGAUCGUGACUGGAACGAACAGUGGGAUCGGGUACUGGACUGCUGUGGGGCUGGCGGUGGAAGGCUACGAGGUUGUGGUGACUUGCCGGUCGGCUGUACUGACGCAGCAGACCGCCGAGCGGAUUCGGCAGGAGGCGGAGCGCUGCCGUAAUGCGCAUCCGCAGCGGUACGCGCACUCGCCGGCGUCGAUUCUCGUGGAGGGACACCUGCCUCUGGAGUGCGAGGACUUCGACAGUGCGCGCACGCUUGCAGAGUGGGUGACAAAGAAGUACGCAAAGCGUAACGUGCAGGUGCUGGUGAACAACGCAGGCGGCAUGCGCAAGGAGCUGACCUUCUCUCAAUAUCAUCCGAACUUGGAGUUGCACACUGCCAUGAACUUUCUCGGGCCACUUCUGCUGACGGAGUUGUUGCUGCCUGUGCUGGAGAAGAACGGUGGCCGUGUUGUGUAUGUUGCUAGUGAGGCGCACCGCUUUCCACAGACGCUUCUUCUUUCCAGUAGCUUCAGCGCGUGGAAGACGGUUAAGGCAUUCCCCAAAUGCAACUGCCUCAUUGGGGGAAAGUUACUUAACGCGCUGAAGGAGGUCAAUCAGGGUGCUGGCAAGUCGAGUGGUCCGCUUCAGGCUUCUUCGACGCGGCAGGCCUUUGUCCGCUACGGUACCAGCAAGCUGCUGAAUACUUACCACGCCCAUGUGAUCGCGCGCCGCUACCGUGAUGUGAAGGACGAGGCUCACCGUGUGUACGCCUGCUCGCUGCACCCCGGCUGUGUCGCCACCAAUUUCUCUCGAGAUAUCCUCAGCAGCUUUGUGAAUUCCAUUUUUGCAUGGGUGUCGCUGCUGUUCUUAAAGACUGCAGAGGAGGGUGCACAGACGUCGCUGCAUUGCGCCAUGUGUCCGCGCGAGGAGCUGGAGCUGGUGUCGCCGUCUGGUGAGAAGCCAACUUCGAGCGCGGAUGCGGUGAGUCCGUACUUCGUGGAGUGCGCAGACCAGACGACGAGCAUGCUGCGUGCGUAUGGCUGGGAUGUGAGUGAGGCGGAGGCGAUUUUGCAAUGGGGUCGGCAGCAGGUUGGCCUCGCUUAA